AUUUACAACUCUCUAUUUGAAUUCUAAUAAAAACUAACUUAACACGACUUAAAUUUAUAUCGAAAAUUUUAGUUUUAUUUUUUUUUUUUUAAAUUUCAUAAUUUAUUUCGCUGGUGGAGAUGUGGACAUGGACAUAGACAUGCCAUUGAGUGGUAAACUGGCAAUCGUUGCAGCCACAGCCGGUACCUUCUUUGCUUUGGGUGCAUACUAUCAGCACCAGCAUGUGAUCCGCAAUAUUAAGAAACUGGAACAGCGAAAUCCACAUGCCUACUUCAUUCGACGAAAGCUCUAUGCACUGUUGGAUAUCUUCAACGUGAGAGCGAUCAGUGAAUGCUAUGAAGAGAUCGCGGACAAUAAUACGCACAAGAUGGGCGCCGUUAUGAAGUACGGAUUCCCGAGCAUGAACGAGAUAAACCUAAAUGAGACCUUCAACUUUGUUACCUCGUUCGAUCGCCGUAACUCGGCCAUUCAAUGGAUGUGCGAACGCGUCGACCAAUCCAGCUAUACAAAUGCCACGGCACACGAGUAUCAUAGCCUUUCAGUGCGCCGUAGGCCAUUCGGAACGCCCCCAAGCAUCUAUCAGCAGUCGGAGGCAGCGCGUGUUUUCUUCAUGUCGAACAUAAAACCAUUUUUGAGUCGGGGCUUCAAUUCCGGCGUCUGGGAUCGACUGCUGCACUAUGUGCAUGAUAUGGCCCAAAAUCAUGGCGUUGUAUUUGUGUACACUGGAUCCAUUUAUCUGCCACGCGAAAUGAAGAGCAACAACUGGUACCUGGAAUUUCAGCCGGAGGACAAUACGAUUGUCGCCAUACCGACGCAUUUCUUUAAGAUCAUCAUCAUCGAUCCGAAGCACAUCAAUAGCACACCCUAUGCGGAAGCUUAUGUGGUGCCCAACGUGGCCAUCCAUGAUAACACCGAGCUACGCAGUCUGCUCUGUGAUGUACGCGACAUUGAGAAUGCGACCGGAUUGAAAUUCUUUGAGGGCCUCGAUCGCAACUUUGUCAAUACCCAAGUGCCUUCUCCUCAGGGACUGGAAAAUUCUCUAUCUCAAAUAAGUAAUUAGCUGUAAUAAUUGUUAAAGCUCCUUAGUUAAAUAGCUGUUAGCAUUGCCUGAACGCAAUAUCAAAUAUGUUCCCAAUCCAAGUAAUUUGCGCAAGCCAUCAAAAUUUAACAACUUAUGUUUCAUACAGUUAUCAUCAUAUUCGUUAGUCUAUAUUAUUUAUUACUUAAACUAAGGCUUUUCAAAAAUGAUGCCAUUUUUUGGAUAAAUAAAUAUUUCAAAUUAAAA